AUGCUGCGUAAUUAUAUAACAAAAACGAAUCGUGGCGUGUGGUUGGAAGAUUCUAUGAUUAAAGCACUGGAUGUUGUAAAACGUAAAGUAAGAAAAGGUAAAGAAGUAUCCAAUAAGAGGAAGACAACUUCUUAUAUCCUCGAGUCUGAGUCAUCUGAAGAAGAAGAAGAUACAGAAUGUCUAUUUUGCUCGGAAACAUUUUCCAAGGAUAACAUGGGUGAAUUAUGGAUAAAAUGUUUUCCCAAAGUAGGGGCAAGACGAUUCUUAGGAUCGUCUUGUCCCUACCCUGAGGAUCAUCUUGGAUACCGGGGUGUCCAAGAUGAUGCUUUUGCAAAGAUU